ACGUCACCAUGGGCGAUAUUUUCCGCUUACACUGGCAACAUGAAAAUAUACUGGCCAAUGGGCUCGACGCCAAGCUAUUCUGGCACAAUUUCUAAAACCGGUUGAGGAAGGAAAUUUUAUAAGUCGCUAUCACAGACGACCGGAGUGCUCUCUCAUUCGAGAUUUACAACAGUACAAGAUGCAGUCAGGUUUCGUACUUUACCUUGGGCUUGCAGCCAUGCUCCUUUGCAGUGCCCUUACUGAAGCAAGAUAUACAGGAGAAAGAUCCGCUCUAAGAGAUUUAUUAUUGGCAGGACUCAUGACCGGUGAGAAAAGAGACCUUCCAUCCCCGCCAAGUGAUGCAGAGGAUACAAAUUUGAUAGAAGUACUUUCUGACAUGGUUAAAAAGAGAAGGAUGAAUUGUAUCGAUCGGUGUAAAAAACAAGCUGCCUUUGAAUUUAGUCAUUACUAUGAUGAUUAUACUAAAUGUCUUAUUGAGACAUGUUCAUCUUAAAAUAUUAACAGCCAAUGGAGACCUGGAUGUGAAAGAGAUAACAAUUAUAGCCGAUUUUCAAAAUUGACAAUAACAAGAAUUAUAUUUUAAAUGCGCUAUAUUUGAUGAAAAUGAAUUAAUGUUCCUUUACUUUAAACUGAUGAAAAUGUAGAUGUUUGAUUGACAAAAUAAAUAUACUAUCACAAAUAAAA